AUCACAGUAAGUUACUUAAUUGUUACCCAGAAAUGAAUUGAUAUUGAGAUAAAAACGGCUGCAUUGGACCUUUAAAAAUACGAUGAUGUUCACAUGUCGUCAUUUGCCAAGCAACGAUUGUUCAGACAGCUUGGUGUAUCGCUGGUUUAGUAGCUAGCCAGUUUGAGUUGGUUGGAAUGCAAUGCAUGAUUAGCAAACUAGCAUAGCUCAAUAUAUUUCCUCAUCUAAUGAUUAAUUGCUUCGCAAGGUUUGCCAAAAUGCUUUUAAACAGUUUGCUUGAAUGUUUGCAGCCUGAUCUCGAAUCAGUCGUCUUGUAAAAAUGGGGCAUUUUAAUAAUCCAAGCUAGCCGUGCUGGCUAGUUUAGCUAACUUUAGCUACAGCUUGUAAACGGAAGAUGUUUUGAUAGCGUAACGUUAGCUACUUAACUAGGGUUGAUAGCUACAAUUUAUUGAUAGGGUAGCUGGCAAGGUGUCCUGUAGUUUGGCGAAGUGUUAACGUGUUUUGUCCAUCUGACUUAACAUAGCUACUUAACCUAGCUUGCUACGUUAGCUGAAUUAGCUAGCAUCAGCUUUUGCUAUCGUUUCGUUUACUGAAUUUGACGUAUCGCUACUAGCUGGAAGAUAUGGCCACUGCCUCUAGCUCCUGUGUGGGGAUAAAUGGGUCUAGAAAUGGACCCUCUAUCUCUACACCGACCUUGGGAGCACCUGGACAAUCUCAGCCUAUGGUCGUUGUAUGGGAAUGGCAGGAUGAUCUUGGCUCCUGGCGACCAUACAGCGGCCAGGUGAGCGGCUACAUCGAACAAUACUUCUCCUCUCCGCGGGGACACAGAGGUGGGGGUCCUGGCACCACCAGCAUCAGCCUCGGACAAUCAGACCCCAGCUUGUCGCCUUAUCUCAUAGACAUACCAAGCUUGAACCAGUUCCGCCAAGAUACAGGGAAAACGCGGUCUGUACGCCGCCAAUUGUUUGCCCAGUCCUCAGGCUUGGGUAGCGGAGUAUAUUGGGAGUGGGCGAAUGACGAAGGAGGAUGGACUCCAUACGAGACUCGCACUUCUAUCCUACUAGAACACAGCUACCUGGCACGGCAGGCCACGGCGGACAUGGCCUCACAUGGCUAUAACUACAUAGUGGACCUCACAGCGCUGGCCCAGGUCAACAAGGCCACAGGCUUCAGGCGGCAGGUCCGACGGCAGGGUAACUUCCCCUACCCGCUGGCGUCUGGCGCCUCCGUCAUCCACUCGGGCCCGGCCUGCUCCUGCCACCAGUGUCUGAGCCACAGUUGCACUGGCCCCAUGCCCAGCCGCUCACGCCACUCCUUCUCCUCUGGCCAGCUGAGCCUGCCCAGCUUCCAGGGCCCCAGCAGGGCGGCUGGAGCUCACCCCACCUCGGUGUACUCGCCCUACCCCAGGAGGCCUCUUUCUGUGGGGGGCAUGGCGUGGGGUGGCCCUUGGCCCCCGUCAACCUCCGCUAGUCAGUUCCCUGGAACUCCACUGUCCUACCCCACCAGUGCCAAUGGCUUAAGUGUCCCCACCAUCCCUCUGCAACGGAAUGGAUCCACCAGUGUGAGCUCAGCCCUUGCAGGCAUGGCCUCCAUUUUGAUGUCAGCAGUGGGACUCGGCGUGCGCUUCACGAGUGCCCCCCUCCCACAUCCCUCUUCCGCUCCUCCUCCCCCCAGCAGCACCAGCAGGCCCGCAGGCUCCAAAACUCACAGCAGCAGCUCGGUUAGGAGGGCAAAGAGGCAGCACAGGACAGCCCCAGCCCAGAAACCAGAGGAUGUCAUUCACCGCUACAUGGAGGAAGUGGCCUCUGCUCAAGACGAGGACUGCAUCAUCUGUAUGGACCGGCUGUCGUGUCCGUCGGAUUAUGCUGUGGUGUCCGAGGGAGCCAAGUCCAUCCCGCCCGGCGCCGUGGGCAAGUUCACCAAGUGUGGACACACCUUGCACAUGCUCUGCAUGCUGGCCAUGUACAACAAUGGAACCAAGGAUGGCAGCCUCCAGUGCCCCUCAUGCAAGACGAUCUACGGCGAGAAGACUGGGACCCAGCCCAAGGGCAAGAUGGAGAUCUAUAGUAUUGCCCAGUCCCUCCCCGGCCACCCAGACUGUGGAACUAUCCAGAUAAUUUACAGCAUACCCCCUGGGAUACAGGGUCCAGAGCACCCUAACCCGGGGCAGCCAUACACCUGUAGAGGCUUCCCUCGCUUCUGCUUCCUCCCAGACAACGACAAGGGCAGAAAGGUACUUGAGCUGCUGAAGGUAGCGUGGACACGGCGCCUCAUCUUCACAGUGGGCACGUCUAGCACCACGGGCGAGCCUGACACAGUGGUGUGGAACGAGAUCCACCACAAGACGGAGAUGAUGUCCAACGUGUCAGGCCACGGCUACCCGGACCCCAACUAUCUGGACAAUGUGCUGUCCGAGCUGUCCUCUCAGGGGGUGACCGCCGACUGCCUGGUCAAACAGGAGGGCCCCAGCCAGGGAGGAGCGUCAAACUCUGGACUGUGAAACUGACCCUGAAUCAGUUUCCUCGUAAUGUCACUACUUCAACAUAGCAAACAUAUUCACAUUCCCACUUGGAUGUGGUAUUUUUUGUUGUUGGUCUUAUUAAGUACUCAAUGCGACGCAGAUAGUAUGUCAAAGUGCGGUGUGCAGAAUACUGCACAUACUGAUAAUGUGGGGUUUGUCGUGGACUUUUUUUUGCUGUAGUAGCGCUCCACCAGCUCUUGGUUUAGUCACCUGUUCCCUAUAUAGUUCACUGCUUUUGACCAGGGCCCAUAGGGUUCUGGUCAAAAGUACUGCACUAUGUAGGGAAUAGGGUGCCAUUUUAGACAGAACCCUUACCUUGAAAAAAGCAUUGUGCUUUUCUUUUGGAGCAGCCUGAUGUGUCCACACCUCUUUUGACAUGCUCCAUGAAAAGUGGCAGCUCUGGCGGGGAACAGAUGUCGGGAGCACUAGUUUUGACAGUGCAUUUAAUUAACACUUUUAGUAAUUACCAGGUUAAUGUCUGUGGUUGAUUUUUGUUUUUCAAAUUGGUAAAUUAUGCAAAUACUUUAGUGAUAUUUCUGUUGAAAAGCAAUGUAGGUCCUACUUAGGCAACUCACUGUAUACACAGACAUUAAAUACUAUACAAAAUGGUAGCAAAGUGAGUACCUGCUUAAUUGUGUUAUAAUGGGGGAGGGGGGGUCUGUUUAAUUGGUCAUUUUCAUAUUUGUCAGUAAUGAAAGCACUGUAAAGGAACGUAAAUAUGUCCGUAAAUGCCAGUUCAUUAAGAAGCAUAACCCGGAAGAGAAACUUCUGUUUGCCUUUGUUUCUGCAUUUAUAAUUUAACCAUUUGUAAUCAUAUUUUUUGUUUCACCUAAUUUGAUGGGAAACAAGUGGAGUUGUCACGCUUAAUGCAGACUAAGCUGGGCCUGUAUUCAAAGUAGCAGUGCUGAUAUAGAUCAGGUUCUCCCUGCCUAUAAUCUUAUUCAAUUUGUAAGUUGCUCUGGAUAAGAGCGUCUGCUAAAUGACUUAAAUGUAAUGAUCUAAGGCAAAACCUAUCUUGGAUCAGCCCUCCAACUCUGAGAUGCUUUAUGAAUACAUUUACAUCAUUUAGCAGACCCUGAUGCUUUGCUACACCCACUUAGAGGUAUGGAGAUAUCCUCAAACUUUGGAAGCAUUUGUGCAUUUUUUGGAAAGCUUACAUGGACUGUUGACCUGAGCCGAAUACUAAGUAUGUGGUUUGAGCAGUUAGCCAGUUAACAUUGGUCAACUCGGGAUAACCGGUACCACAAAAGUGGCUCAUCUUUGAGCCAGGUUAAUUUCUAUGGCAAUGAAUCCUUAAGAACUAACCAGCUCUGGGGCAGUCUAACUUGAGGCUAACUAUGUGUUCGCAUUGCCCUAAAAAAGGGAACCAGCCUGUGGAAUUCAAGCGAACCAAACUUUUACCACCUCUCGAUGGUGUUUGAUUCUCUUCGGGUGCUCUUUUGAGGGGUCUGAGAUCCUUUGAGUGUUCACACUGCACAAAUUAAGCGAACUGCACGAUUUCACAAAAAUUGGUUGAAAGGGGGAGACCAAGUGUGAAAAGACCCUUAUAAAACCUUGAGUAGAUCUAGCUUCAAUCGUAGUAUAGGCCUACCACUCAGCUUUGCCCUAGAAGUUUAAAAACAGAAGAAUAAAUUACAUUACCCCAGGUCAAUUCACUUUUACUCUGACAAUCAGGUCAAAAUAGCAUAGCCAUCAAGACCAGUCCUGAUUUUUCUUUUUUGGCAUGCUUAGGCUAUAUUAACCUAGAUCAUCCAAUUCCACUGCUCUUCUGUCCAACAUCCAGUUAGGUGACAUUUUACUCAGUAUUCAGGUGUAUGCAAGCAUAUUGAAAAUGUUCUCCGCAAUAAAGAACUGAUAAAUGAA